AUGGCAAGAGUGUAAACUUAAUAAUCAUUUGCAUAAACACUGUAUAUUUUAUUAUUUGCGUAUCUUCAUUUGAAAAGUAUUCAAUUAUCUAAUUUAGGAUAUGGAGUUAUAACUCAUCUUUUUUCUAGACAAAUAUAAAUCAAAUAAACUCUUCUAAUUAGAAAAAAAUAUUAUGGAUAUUAAUUUUUAUUAAAAGAUCCUGAUUGGAGAUUGAAGAAUCCUAAUGAGAUGAUGAAAGAUAUACCUAUUUAUGAAGAUUAACUUUAUAAAAAUGAUAACCUUUUGCAUUAAUUUAAUAAUCUUAACUUAUAGGAUUUGGAAGACAUUUUGGGUCAAUUAUGGAAACAACAAAAACAGUAUUAAUUAUAAAGAAGAUUUUGA